AUGCGCAAGUCUUGCGGAUCAUGGCGUCGCUACCUUUGGGAAGGACAGCAACUGAACGACACCGUAACCAGGACUGUACCUGAAGAUGCUGACUUCUUUGAUCGCCUUCUCAUUAAGCACCGAAAGUACAUAGCAUUCUUACUGCCUUUUGCGAUAAUGCAGUUUAUUUGGUGGGUGACCGCAUUCCGCUUUGACUGGUUUGCUCUCUAUGAAACUCGCUGGCAAAUGCCGAUCGUUAUGUUUUUUGGAUCAACUGUGGCUGGUAUGACCAGCGAAGGAGGAGGUGCGGUGGCAUUUCCCGUGAUGACACUACUUCUUCAAAUCGAUCCUAUCACAGCCCGAGACUUUUCCCUCAUCAUCCAAUCAGCGGGAAUGACUUGUGCCAUGUGUGUUGUGCUUAUCAUGCAAAUUCAAAUCGAAAAACGAGCGAUCGUUUUCGGAACACUUGGAUCUGUUCCAGGAUUCGUUAUCGGAUCACUUUUCUUAGAUGCCUACCUGACAGCAGCUCAGAAAAAGAUGCUCUUCGUCUCCAUCUGGUCUUCGUUUGCCAUCGCUCUCUUCAUUCUGAAUUCCCAAUACAAACGACGAACUUACGACAUCAUUCCAGAAUUUUCAGCCUGGAAAGCAACUGUUCUCAUCAUGACCGGGUUUGUUGGA